AUGAAGCGCAAGACGGACAACAAAGAUCCCCAAGGGGCCAAUGGUCAGCCCGACUCCAAGAAGCGGGCCUUGUCCAGCGAGGAAGCCGCCGCUCGAUUCCGCGACGGCCUUUUCGAACCCUCCGUGCAGGAGAACUAUACUAAGGAAUACGCCAACUCUGCGCCGUAUGUCAUCUGA